CUGUUUGUUGUUGUAUGCAUUGUGCACAAGAUGCCAGAUUCGACUGCGUUUAAGGACUUUGUCUACCUAACUCGGAAGAACCCCUUCGUCCUCCGGCUGGCAUUCUCAGCCGGAAUCGGGGGGCUUCUGUUCGGGUACGACACAGGGGUGAUUUCGGGUGCACUCCUCUACAUCCGAGAUGACUUCUCCCAAGUGGACCGGCACACUCUCCUCCAGGAAACCAUAGUGGCGAUGGCGGUGGUAGGGGCGAUCAUGGGAGCGGGCAUUGGUGGAUGGGUAAACGAUAGGCUUGGAAGGAGAAGUGCACUUCUGGUGGCUGAUUUCCUCUUCUUCGUCGGAGCUGUGAUCAUGGCUGCCUCCCCUGGACCAGCUGUGCUCAUCACAGGGAGGGCUUUUGUGGGUCUUGGAGUUGGAAUGGCCUCAAUGACCUCCCCUCUCUACAUCUCGGAGGCAUCUCCGGCGAAAAUUAGAGGUGCCCUUGUCAGUACAAAUAACCUCCUCAUCACUUUUGGCCAGUUCCUUUCCUACCUCCUCAACUUGGCCUUCACCAAGGUUCCAGGGACGUGGAGAUGGAUGCUGGGAGCUGCAGGACUUCCUGCUUUACUGCAGUUCUUGCUAAUCAUCUUUCUUCCGGAAUCUCCUCGGUGGUUGUUCCGCAAGGAGAUGAAGAGAUGGGCCGCCCGCCAACAAGAAACGACAAAUUUCAAGGAGCUGUGGCAAACCAAGAGCGUCCGGAGAGGGCUGAUCGCCGGUGUCGGCCUCCAGGUGUUGCAGCAAUUUGUGGGCAUCAACACCGUAAUGUACUACAGUCCAUCCAUAGUCCAAUCCGCUGGCUACGCAUCCAACCACACCGCACUGCUUCUGUCCCUUGUCACCGCCGGAAUCAAUGCCUUGGGCUCCAUCGUCAGCAUCUAUCUGAUCGACAGGACGGGGAGAAGGACGAUUCUACUCUUCAGCUUGCCUGGAGUGGCCAUUUCACUUGCCAUGUUGACAGGAAUUUUCCUCAACACCACCACUCCCAUGGUUACUGUGGCUAGCGGAACCAAAUUCUCUAACAUGACCUGCCCUGCCCCUGACUAUGGCACACCCAACUCGGCUUCCUGGGACUGCAGGGCCUAUCUAUCCGCUGAGAUUCAGAGGUGUCUGUGGAGGGAUAGCAGCGACCGCCAAGCCAACUGGAUGUCCAACCUCAUCGUAGCCCUCACCUUCCUGUCCUUGACCCAAUCUAUCGGGAUGGGCAUGACUUUCAUGCUGUUUGGAAUUGUGUCACUAGUUGCUUUCUUCUUCGUCUUGGUAUGCGUUCCCGAAACUAAAGGACUGCCCAUUGAGCAAGUUGAGAAGAUGCUGGAGAUGAGACCUCUGCACUUCAAGUUCUGGGCCCCAAACCACAAUGGGGGCGGACAAGUUAAUUAG